UUUGACCAUUUUCAAAUACUCCGGGCCAUUGGCAAAGGAAGCUUUGGAAAGGUAUGCAUUGUGCAGAAGAGGGACACAAAGAAAAUGUACGCCAUGAAAUACAUGAAUAAACAGAAGUGUAUUGAGCGAGAUGAAGUUCGGAAUGUCUUCAGAGAGCUCCAGAUCAUGCAGGGCUUGGAACACCCCUUCUUAGUCAAUUUGUGGUAUUCCUUUCAAGAUGAGGAAGACAUGUUCAUGGUGGUGGAUCUGCUUCUGGGAGGGGAUCUCCGUUACCACCUACAACAAAAUGUGCAUUUCAAUGAGGGAACUGUGAAACUCUAUAUCUGUGAACUGGCCCUUUCCCUUGACUACUUGCAGAGAUACCACAUCAUCCACAGAGACAUCAAACCAGACAACAUAUUAUUGGAUGAGCAUGGGCAUGUCCAUAUUACCGACUUUAACAUUGCCACCAUAAUAAAAGGAGCAGAAAAGGCUUCCUCUAUGGCUGGAACGAAGCCCUACAUGGCCCCAGAAGUAUUCCAGGUGUUUAUGGACGGAGGCCCAGGGUACUCCUACCCUGUGGAUUGGUGGUCCCUGGGAAUUACGGCUUAUGAAUUAUUGCGUGGCUGGAGACCUUAUGAAAUCCAUUCUGCCACACCAAUUGAUGAGAUCCUCAACAUGUUCAAAGUAGAACGGGUUCACUACUCCUCCACAUGGUGCAAAGGAAUGGUGGCAUUAUUAAAAAAGCUUCUCACAAAAGACCCUGAGAGCCGUCUUUCCAGUCUUGUAGAUAUUCAGAGUUCUCCAUACUUAGCCGAUAUGAACUGGGAUGCUGUGCUGGAGAAGGCAAUGACGCCUGGUUUUGUUCCAAAUAAGGGGAGGCUGAAUUGUGAUCCAACUUUUGAAUUAGAAGAAAUGAUUCUAGAAUCUAAACCCCUUCAUAAAAAGAAGAAGAGGCUCGCCAAAAACAAAUCCAAAGAUGGAGGGAAAGAAAGCUGUGCCCUGAAUGGACACCUACAGCAGUGUUUAGAAACAGUGAGGAAAGAAUUUAUCAUCUUCAACAGAGAAAAAUUGAGGAGGCAGCAAGAUACAAGUGGGCAGCUCUCCAUUGGUGAAAACCGUGUGGCACCCCCAGUUCAUGGGAAACUCCAAGAUGGGAGGAAUAACAACAUCCUCAGUCAGACCUGCACACGUGGCUGCAGCUGUUAG